AUUCAAUACAAAUCCCAUAUAUUACUACUAAGGUCGUCUCUCUUGUCUGCGAAACAAAUCCCUUGAAACUCUCCUAAUCUCACAAGAACCACACAAGAUUAAAGAAACCAAAGGAUCAUCGGCCGAACCAAAAAUGGUGAGCCCAUUUAGAACUCCAUGUACUUCUCCAAGAAAAUCAAGAAAAGCGAGCAAGAACCCUUAUUCAAACCGUGGACUUGACAAAUUCUCCGAGCUUCUUUCAGAGCUCGACGAGAAGAGACAGAUCAUCUACUCAAAGAAGGUCGAUUCCAGUGGCCCGCCUCUUGUCCGAUUCGUGUUCACAAGUUCCGGUGAGUGUGUCCCAGUCGUGAUCAAAUCGUCUUAUCUUCAUAAACAGAAGAAUACCAAAGAUGUUGCCGCUUCUGCUGCUGCUAAAGUCAAAACAGUAGUCAACGAAUCGAAAACAGAGGAAACAAAGAAAACAGAACCUGAAACAGAGGAAAAACAGAGCUGUGUUUUGAAUGAGAAUCUGAAGAAGAUCACAAGACCGAACCGUUUCUUUCCCGUGACUGUGAUCUUGGUUCUUGUUUUCUUGGUUUUCUUUGGAAGAUCUGUUGCGAUCAUGUGCACUUGUAUUGCUUGGUACUUGGUACCAACGAUCAAGGAACAGAGAGGAAACAGAGGAUCUUCAUCAUAUGCGAUGAAGAAGAAAGAUUUCGCCAGGAAGUUGAGUAUUGAAGACAGAGCAUCUUUUAAUCCAAGAACUGUUCGUAAUCUUUCUCCUCGCAAGUAGAAUUUUCGUUUUCUGGUUGCUCGUGAGAAAACUGUGUGACCGAGCAAAAACGUUUUUUUUUUUUCAUUUUUGUGAAAGUCUUUGGUUUUAUUUUCUUGUUAUCUUUUGUUUCUUCACUGUUUCUUUCAUAAUUCUUAAUUAUGAGACAGCUGAAUUAGCAGAUAUAUUGUAUAUUCUUCUUUUAUUCCCUUAGGGUUUAAAUAUGCAAUGGGAAGCUGUUCUUGU